AUGGCGGCAAAAGUCCAAAUCCCCGGCCUCAACAGCGGCCUUACAGAUGCAGAUAUGGAAUGGAGCCGUCAGCUGUACAACGGCCUUCCCUCCGAUGAAGCCCAGCCCGAAGUUGAGCACCUUCUCCAACAGCUCGCCGAGAUUUUUGUCCGAAACAACGCCCACAAGGUUUUCGGCGUCCACUUGCCUACCAAGGUGGACUCAUUGAACCUCGACAGCUUGCGCGGGCACACUUUUAUUCUCACAGACAAGGGCUUCCACCCGUACGAAUACCACUCCGGCAAACAUCCCGAAUUAGCCCAAAUCGAGGAUAACUUCGUUUCUGAGCUGGCCGACUUCCUCAGGACAAACCAACUAAGCAGAAUAAUUGCACUUGAGGUUCUAGACAGCCCGUUGCCGGAAACCAUGAUGGAGCUUGUCCUGGGGGAUCAUGGAACCAUGAUGAUGGAACCGGAACGCCUGAGAGGCUGCAGACCGUUCCGGCAAACUGGCUGGGCUUUCGUAGAAGAAAACGGCGAGCCACGCGUGUGUAAAGAUGGGAAGCAGCAUCAUGUCACAGGUCCCAACGGCCACAUCAUCAUCGUUGAACCGCCGAAAAACAAUGAGAUUGAGACUUGUUCUGAUGCUUUGCAUUUCUUGAGGGAGCAUGGCCUUCUCAACUAG